UGGAGUCACGGCGUUGUAGGCGUCUAAACGGAAAAAACUAAAAACUUGUGAGACCUCAGAUGAUUCCUCUAUAGAGAGGAAAAACGGCAAUCCAAUCAUACAGAAAGGGCCGAAAAGCACAUCGAAAGUAGCUCACGCUAAAUUUGAAGGUGUUAAAUUAGAAACCAUAAUCCACAUACCCAAAGAAGAUCAAACAAGGAGGAGGAAAGAAAAAUAACAGUGGACAGCUGAACAACCUCUGGUUUGGAUCUGUUGGCAAAUUUUGUUACUGAUUCGUGGUGUUCACUUCUAGGAGCUCAAGAAUUCCACGCUCUUAUUGGAUUGCCAUCAUGAAUUUUGAUCGCAAACCGUGUGGAAGAAUCCUUUUCUUUCUGUUUGUCUCGACAUAUUUGGCUCCAGGUUUGGCUGGUGAUGGAGAUACUAAUGGCCCUCCCAAAAGCAACUCAGUGCGGAAUGUUACUCUCAUAUUUCUUGCAACUUUGGUGGUUUUAGGUGUAGCUAUAAUCCUAUACAAAAAGUGGCAAAAGAAAAAGAGAGAGGAGCAGCAUGCACGCCUACUGAAACUGUUCGAAGAAGAUGAUGAUCUCGAGGCUGAAAUGGGCCUCAGAGAUGAGUUUUAAUUAUGUUAUAAUUUGUGGCAUAAGAAUUGCAAAUGCUUCUCAUCUGUGAGAUUAUGUAUAAUUAGUUCUGUAGCAUGGGUGUUUUGAAACCAGUCUUUAUUCAUUUCUACUGGCAGUUGAUCAUUGGUGAUUUAUCAAAGCUUUAAUAAUUAUGAAUUUCACAACA